AAUCUGAUACUGGUUCAUCAUCUGGACUCGUUCACCUCAGCUGACACAUUCAGCAGCAGACAGGUUUUUGUAUCAGUCUCUUUCACUGUGGGAGACUGGAUCUUUGGCUCAGGAACUAAACUGUAUGUAACAGGUGAGCAGGUAGUGAAGCCCGUGGUGAGCGUGUACCCAGCAGCCCCGAGCCACGUGGAGGGGAACAGCUCCCUGCUGUGUCUGGCCUCAGGUAUGUUUCCUCCUCUGGUCCAGUUCUCCUGGGAAAGACAGAAGGAGGAUGGUCCUAAGGAGGAGCUGUCUUCUGCCUGGGGACAGCAGCUGGAGCUCAGAGAGUCGGGACACUCCGCCGCCAUCUUACUGAUCCAUCAGCCAGUGAACAGCACGUAUAAAUACUACUGCUCCGUCAGGCACGAGGGGGGAACAGAGAAGGCCCAGACACAAGAGGUUCCAGCUCCAGCAGCCUCCUGUCCUCCAGAGAGAGAGCCAGCACACCUGGCAGCUCUGCAGCAAGCUGACAUGUCAGUGCUUCCCCUGGAUCCUCUCCAGCCUCAGUGCAGGGUGAAGCUGCUCUGUCUGCUGUACACAGUGCUGAUAGUGAAGAGUCUGCUGUACUGCUGUGGACUCUCUCUGCUGAUGGGCCUCACAAACAAGGGACCGUCCACCAACGGCCCACAUGCUGACUGACUGUUUCCUGCUCCUCUUUUCUCACCGUGGCUUCAUCUCAUUCAUCUCAUUGAUCACUGAUCACAAGUGCACAGUUUAGAUACAGUCGUCCUAAAUACACACACAUGUAUAUUUGCAGUCACUCACUGUCAAUUCUCUUUGUUAUUUUCAUGCAUUUAUUUACAGUAUUUCUCACUUUCAUUCAGAAUUGUGUAAUAAUAGAAAAUUAAAGUGAAUCAUCAGCUGUUGGCUUAUUAAUUAUAUUUCAUUAAAUACUUAUUUCUUUAAACAUUCUGCAGAG